CGGUUUUCCGUCGAAGCCAAGAGAGAUAAGCACCGCACCGUCGUGGAAUCGGUCAUUCGACGGCACCCAGCUGCUCUGCUACUUACCUACCUACAUACGGACGCGGAACUCCGAGUCCUUAUAGUCUGGGCUUCGCGUUAUCUUCUGGUUCGAACGGCGCUCUUUCUGUCGCUGGACGGCUGCUGGACCUAGUUGUUCUUUCUUCACCAUCUUCUUCUUCCUCUUUCUUCAUCUUCUUCUUCAUCUUCUUCUUCAUCAUCAUCUUCUUCUUCUCUUUCUUCAUCUUCAUCAUCAUCAUCAUCUUCUUCUUCUUCUUAAUCACAAUCCUUCUCUUCCUGGUGAAGGUCUGUCUGCGCAACAAAGCAUAGCGAAGGUGCCGAUCGAACGAUAUGUCCAAGGAAGGUAGAAGACAUACCAUUUUUGUCUUCGAUGGCCGGGUAGGGGCGGCCACCGAGUCGAAGGAGCACCUCACGGACAUCCCGCUGCACAAGGCAUGGUCUGCCAAGUCGGAGUCAGAGUCGGUGCAACUGCACGACGGGAACGCGGGACUAGUGGUCGGCACUUCGCAGCUAUACGAUGAAUACAACCAGCGCCGCUACAUCCCCACCCCAACACCGGACCCCAACGACCCGCUCAACCUCCGGCCGUGGCGCAAGUGGGCGGCGGUGGCAUCGCUGUGCUUCUUCGGGGCGCUGGCGCUCGCGGCCGAGGCCAUCAUCGCCGCGCUCGUGCCGGUGUUCGCGCUCGAGUACGCGGGCAUCAACCCGCAGGUGCUGUCGGUGAUCGAUCUCUCGCAGCUCCAGCCGGAGGGCGCCGUCGACGUCAACCCGCUCCGGUCGCUGUCGGCGCUGGGCGGCCCGCCGCUGUACCGCGUGGCGCUGCUGAGCUCGCUCCCGCUGCUGGUUAACGGGCUGGCGAGCUACCUGCUGGUGCCGCUCUCCAUCGCCGUCGGCCGGCGGCCCGUGCUGCUGUUCGCGGGCGCCGCGGCCUGGGUGGGCGGCCUGUGGGGCGGGCUCAGCACCAGCCUGGAGUCGCACCUGGCGGCGCGCUGCCUGCAGGGGCUCGGGGCGGGCGCCGUCGAGGCGCUGAUCCCGCUCAUCGUGCAGGACAUGAUGUUCAUCCACGAGCGCAACCGCGCCAUCGCCUGCAUCGGCGCCUCGCAGGGACUGAUCAUCGUCGGCCUGGGCAUCGCCAGCCCGCUGCUCGUCGUGCGCCUGAGCUGGCGCUACAUCUACUACAUCACCACCGCUGCCGCCGCCCUGGCCUUCCUGCUGACCGUGCUGCUCGUGCCCGAGACCCGCUGGACGCGGUCGCCCGACGAGCUCGCCGGCAAGGCCGUGUAUCCGCUGGAGCCCGGCGAGACCCGGCCGCGGCUGGACGUCAAGACGUACGGCUUGAGGACGAGGGCGACAGACUUUGGCGUCUUCCGGCACGUGCCGCGCCAGUGGCGGCUGGCCGGCGUGUCGGUGUACCACACGGCCCGGUCGACGCUGUUCCCCAUCGUGCUGUGGGUCAUCGUGGUCAACUCGAUCCUCGUCUCCCUCCAGGGCGCCGCGGGCCAGGUGGGCUCCGCGGUGCUGAUCGCCGCCGGCUGGAAGUUCGAGACGAUGGGCUUUGCCGUGGUGCCGCUGGUGGUCGCCAGUCCGUUCGUGUGGUUCUUUGCCGGCUGGGUGGCCGACCGCGUGUCGAACGGGUACGCGAAGCGCAAUGGCGGCCGGCGGGAGCCCGAGGCGCAUUUGCUCAGCCUGGCCGUGCCGUUGUUGGCGGCCAUCGUUGGGUCGGCCGUGUUCGGCUACGCCGGGGAGAACAUCAAGACCGUCCCCAGCAUUGUGCUCCUGGUGGGCGUCUUCCUGGUUGGCUUCGGCUUCUUGGCCGCGAAUACCCUCUUUUCGGUCUAUGUGGUGGAAAGUUACCCUUCUAUUGCCGGACCGGUCCUCGUCAACGUAUCGUCAUUUCGUCUCAUCAUUGGCUUCACAAUGUCGUUUAAUGCCACAACGUGGGUCGAACAACUGGGCUUCCAGAGGAGCUUUGGCUUCUAUAGCCUGGCCCUGGCUGUUGCUUCGCUGGGCCUGCCGGUCGUGUUCGCUUUCGGAAAAAGACUUCGCGCUUGGACAGCACUCCGGAUUUAGGAACUUAUUAAUAGGGCGGCGAUCUGGCAACGGCUCAUGAGGCGUAAAACGAACGACCGAUGGCUGGUUCCGUUGUAUAUGUAGAUAUGCAUAACGUACUAUGCCUCACAGAUGUCGUGUUGUUACAGUCAACUGAGUGUACCUUUGGAAGAUGCAAACUUGGUCACCGACAUGUGGUACUUUCCACUCAUAAUCUGGAGAUAGACUGUUAUGUCGCACGGUAUAUAGGGGACCCCUAGGCGUUUGCAGGCAAUGAUGUCGUUUUACCGUGUGACAUGUUAGUACCCC